GUAGUCGAAGUCUAUAUUGAAAGGAACUCCCUCCUCGUUCCAUAAACAACCUGUCAGCAACGGUAUCUUGCCGGAAGAUCGGCAUCCCGAAUACAACCUACCUCAGCUCACACCUAACAUCUGUCAAUAUGGGUCAAGCAUUUUCGGGACCCAACGCCUUCAAAUUCUUCGGCUUCACACCAGCAGCGACGGCUGUUCUACAAAGAAGUCCGCUCCUCCUCGUUAUCCUCGUUGUCGUCCUCGUUGUGUGUAUAGGUCUGGGUCUGCUGGCCUGGUACAUACAUUAUGUCACAAACAUCCCAUAUCGGAAGCCUAAAGAGGUGAAGGGAGCGAAGAAAUAAGGACGGGGUAGUGUCACGGGGUUGACGAGUCGAAAUGGAUUUUGGGAGGUCAAUCCAGGAUGGAUAUUGGCAACGAAAGGACUAUUUCCGAUAUACCUUCACGGUCCCACGGCUGGACGCCUAGAGUGAGAUGUGCAGGACACCCCUUGCUGGGUAUUUAUUUUUGGGAGGUUAUUGUGUGAAAUAUUUUGGGGGGUUUUGGAUCGACUCUUACAUUCUCGAGAGAAUGCUGUUUAUAUUAGC